CGGGCGCCGACAGUCCACCGCCGGCGCCGCAGUCUUCAGGAUGCCGGUAAACGCAGACCUGAGCCUGGGCGCGGUGCUGCGCUUCGGCUACGCGAUGGUGGCGCUGUCGCUGGUGCUGAUGGUGUGGGCGUCGCUGGCGGGCGCCCGCGAGUCCGGCGCCGCCCACCACCACCACUACUCGGCGCCCGCGGCCGCCCACUCGUACCCGCCCUGCUACUUCAACCCGCUGUGCUCGUGCUCCAAGGCCGUGCCCGACCUGGGCAUCGUCGCCUGCCGCGGCGUGCCCCUGCCCAGGGUGCCGCCGCCGCUCAACGCCUCCAAGCUCUUCACGCUGCACCUCAGCCGCAACGGGCUGCGCGGCCUCGAGCCCUACUUCCUGCAGGGCACAGGUCUGUACGGGCUGGAGAUCACCCACAACGCGCUGGCGGAGAUCCCGGACGAGGCGUUCAUGGGCCUGGAGCGGUCCAUGUGGGAGCUGGACCUCAGUGACAACGAGCUGACGGCGGUCCCCAGCCGCGCCCUCAGGCACCUGCAGAAGCUGCGCAGGCUGGACCUCUCUGGUAACGACAUCUCUGAGGUGAACCAGGAGGCGUGGCGCGGCCUGGAGGAGUCCCUGCAGACGCUGGACCUGGCAGACAACUCACUCACCUCGCUGCCGCCGGCCGCCUUCUCCAACCUGCAGCUGCUCGAGGCGCUCGACCUACAGGGCAACCACCUGUCGGAGCUGGACGUGGCGCUGUUCCGCGACGGCCCGCCGCGGCUGUCUCGGCUGCAGCUGGCGGACAACCAGCUGUCGUCGGUGCCGUACCGCCAGCUGGCGCCGCUGCGCCUCCUGAGGACGCUCGACCUGUCGGCGAACCGCAUCGCCGGGCUGCACAGCGCCACCUCCGAGCCGGACGAGGCCCGCGGCUCGCUCAUGUCGCUGGACACCCUGCGCCUCGAGCGCAACCAGAUCCAGUACCUGCCUCCAGGCGCCUUCCAGCACUUCGACGUCCUCAACAGGACCUUCCUCGACGGCAACCCUCUCGUCCUCGUGCAGGGUGACGCGUUCCGCGACGCCAAGAUCCGCGAGCUGUCCCUGCGCGACUGCGGCCUCAGCGAGCUGUCGGCGCGCGCCUUCUCCGGGCUGGAGGCGACGCUCCAGGCGCUGGACCUGUCCGCCAACAACCUGACCGAGCUGCCGCAGCAGCUGUUCCACGAGUUCGACUUCCUGCGCACGCUGUCCCUGCGCGACAACAGCAUCUCGCAGGUGCGGCCCGCCGAGACGCUGACCGGCUUCCAGUACUCGCUCUACCGGCUGGACCUCACCGGCAGGGACAUGGGCAUCACCGCCAUACAGGACCUCAGGAGGAUGCGCAACCUGCGCUCGCUGUCGCUCUCGCGCCUGCCGCAGCCGCACCUCGCGCCGGACGACUUCCUCGAGUUCGGCGUCGACCUGGAGGAGGUGCGGGUGGUGCGCGGCAACCUGCGCACCAUCAAGAACCACGCCUUCAUGCACGCGCGCGCCGUGCGCCGCCUCGACCUGUCCGAGAACGCCAUCUCGCUCAUCGAGCCGGACGCCUUCACUGAGAUUGGCCACUCGCUGACCUGGCUGCGGAUGGCUCACGGUCUAGCCAGCUCUGUGGGGACGCUGCCACACGAGGCGUUGCGUCCGCUGGUCAACCUGGAGAGCCUCGACAUGAGCAACAACCGGUUGCGCACCAUGCCCGAGACCUCGUUCCACUUCCUGCGGCGGCUGCGCGUGCUCCAGCUCCAGGACAACCAGAUCGAGCACGUGCCCAAGGGCACCUUCCAGGGCAACAUCCACUCUGGGCUGGAGGAGGUGUACCUGUCGCUGAACUCGCUUUCGGCCGUCAACACGCACACCUUCGUCGACUUGUCGUCCCUGGAGACGCUGCGCCUCGACGACAACCGAAUCGAGCGCGUCGAGCGGCGGGCCUUCAUGAACCUCGACCGCCUCAAGAUGCUGGACCUCCGGGGCAACCGGCUCACACGCAUCUCUGAUGAGGCCUUCCAGAACCUGCCCGAGCUGGAGGAACUGGACCUCGCCUACAACCGGCUCACCUCUCUGGACUUCACCAUGCUGGACCAGGUGGGCACGCUGGCCACGUUCCGGCUGAACGCCAGCCACAACCGGCUGCACUCGCUGGAGUCCAACUCGAGCGCGGGCCUGCUGCUGGGCCACCGCGGCGACCCGGUGGCCGUGCACUCCAACAUCAAGGUGCUCGACCUGUCCCACAACAACGUGAGCGGCGUGGCGCGCGGGUACUUCCGGCCGGUGGAGACCUCGCUCACGCACCUCUACCUCUCCCACAACUUGCUGUCCAACGCGUCGCGCGACCUCUUCGGCAACAUGCCACACCUCCAGUGGCUCGACCUCUCCCACAACGAGCUCGUCGAGAUCGACUUCGAUACCUUCCGCAACACGAGACGCCUGCAGGUGCUGAUGCUGUCGCACAACCUGCUGCUGGACGUGCCGGCGGAGCUGUUCCGCGCCAUGUCGGACCUGCGCGUCGUCGACCUGUCGCACAACCGGCUGCGCGCGCUGCCCGACUCGCUGUUCCUGGAGCCCGGCCUGGAGCGGCUGUCGGUGGCGGGCAACGCGCUGAGCCGCGUGCCGCUGUCCGCCAUGGGCCUGCAGGCGGCCGCCACGCUCGUCGAGCUCGACCUCUCGCGCAACACCAUCACCACGCUGCACGGCCACGACGUCUUCGCCCGGUUCAAGUCGCUGGCGCGCCUCGACCUGUCCCACAACCGGCUGGUGCGCGUCGAGGAUGCUACCUUCUCCACACUGGCCAGGCUCGCGUCGCUGGACCUCAGCCACAACCCGGAGCUGCUGCUGGACUCCAGGGGCCGUUGCUUCCAGGGUCUGGAGGACUCUCUGCUGGAGUUGGGGCUGGAGAAUGUGUCGUUGUCCAGCAUGCCAGACCUAGCACUCAGCUCACUGCGGACUCUGCGGCUGUCCAACAACAUCCUGACCACGCUGCCCUCUGACCUGGCGGCCAACAUGUCCCACCUGCGCCACCUGGAGCUGGCCCACAAUGCACUGCAGGCAGUGCCGCCCGCAGCCCACGCACUCCCACACCUGCGCCGCCUGGUGCUGGCCGGCAACCCCAUCUCCACCAUCAGCAACACAUCUCUCCUGGGUGCUGCGGACAAACUCACCGAACUGGAUCUGACAGAGCUGCCACUCAACUACUUUGAGUCUGGGGCCCUGGGCCAGAUGACAUCCCUGAGGACACUGCACGUGAGCCCCUACCGGAACGUUCGACAGUUCAACUUGCCACAUCUCCUGCAGUACAAUUAUGGUCUCAAAGAGCUGCACAUCCAUGUGUACGAGGAAACGGGACUGCGGGAUGAGAUGUCUGGCCCACUUCCUUUCAAGCUGUCCAACAUAACUGUCACAGGACGUGCACUCAAGACCCUUCCAGAUGAUCUCUUAAUGGGUGUGCGCAGCCCGCGGCUGCACUUCGGCCUGCACAACACGAGCGUGUCGGCGGUGCAGGCGGCCCUGUUCCAGCGCGCCACCUGGGUGCGCAACCUGACGCUGGACGUGCGCAACAACUCCCUGCGCUCGCUCUCCAACCCGAACCGCGCCGAGUUCCCCGGCGUGCCGCGCAAGAUGUUCCUCAACGACCUGCGGCUGGCGCACAACCUGUGGGACUGCAACUGCCAGCUGGGAUGGGUGGAAGUGUGGCAACGCAAGAGACACCAGUACCUGUGCGAGGACAAGUCUUCGCAGGAGACUGACUGCUACGGCACGUCGGAUGACGUGAGGACGGCGACGUGCGCCAACCGCGGCAACGUGUCCCUGGCGGACGUCCUCAAGACCGACAUCGAGUGCGGCUGGGGGUCUGCCGCUCCCAACGCUCCACAGGCCCCAGCUGUCGUGGCUGCCGUCAUGGUCGCCGUGAUGGCCAGUCUGCUGGGCUGAAAUGGUUCUGUACAGGUCAGACAGGCCAUUUUGAAUGAUAAAGCCACUAUCCUAUUUCAUUUGGCCUGUCAACACGAAAAUGAAAAAUAUACGGAGACCUUUGUGCAUGCAAGAAUGUGGCAGAAAUAUCCACAGAGGUGACAGUGAAAUCAAUGCUGAAGACUACACAAGUUAUACAUGUGUACAUAACAUUGCUGUGCUUGUCCAAUAAGCAUCAUAGCUUCUGUAGGAAAGUUACCACAGGUGUCGAUGCUAAUGCUUAAAAGUUUCUAGCACUUGUGCGCUUCGCUGCUUACUUGCACUACCUUGACUAUUAAUGUCAUAAAAUAAUGUGAAUAUUGUUUGUAUAUCUCUUAGUAUACCUCACGUGUCUGUAAAGGUACUAUAAAUGUACAGUUAUACAUAUCUCCACAAUGUAUGUAGCUAUUAGCAUAUUAGCAUUUCAGCUGAAAUUUAUAAAGCUAUCAGAAGUGUACAUACGUUGUUAUAUCUUGUACAUAUCAGGCAAGAUUAUUUCUUAAACUUCACGUGCACACCACCUUCACAUGCACAGAAACUCCCAUUAUUUAUUCAGUCUUUACCUUGCAUUUUGAUCUUCAGUUUUGUUAUCAAAUAGCUCUUUGUUUUCCUCUUUGCGAGGAAGGGGAAAAACUGUAUUUACACAUGUGAAAUACUGAGAAGCUUCCUUUUGUCAAAGUACAUAACAAAUAUAGUUUUAAAAAAGAGUAAUAUAUUUGUUUCUAGUUUUAACAGCAAUCAUUUUUUUAUAGUGUUAAGGAGGAAGUGGAGAAAGCACUAGCAAUAAGAAUAAGACAGUACACAGUUCUAAGUACAGGGUAUUAAAUAGGAGAUGAAACCAUCUUAACAGACUGAUUACAUAUAUAUGUGUUAUGUUACUCAUUAGGAACUAUAGUGUAUGUGAAUUUAUAUUGGCAUUUGCACUGUUGCAAUUGUUAACUUAUAUAUGCUUUGCUGUCUUUCAUUAAUAGUAUAGCUUGAAACUUGUUUAGCAUAAUAGGCAUUGUCAAAACUAUGGGGAUGGAAUGCGAGGAAGUGUCCAUACAUAUGCAUAAACACAAGAACAGCUGUAUGUUCCGUCUUUUAAAGAAAUAUGAAGAAAAUAAGAAAAAAACAAAUUGUUACCUCUGAGAACUUCCAACUGACAACCUACUGCCCUUUUGUUGCUGUAAUAAGAGAAGUAUUUAUUUUAUGAAGUUCCUUACAAUAAGUCAAUGGAAAUGAAUAAAGACACGUUUCGAAUCUC